CUUCAAAUUACAAUACUAUCCUCCUUUUAGGAUAUUUCCAUCGGUGUCUCUACCUCUCGCCCUUUACUGCACCCGGGAACGAAAGACAGAGAAGCGAAGGACAAGCAAUGGCGAGGUCAACGUCAAAGGAUGCUCAGGCCUUGUUUCAUUCUCUCCGAUCUGCUUACUCUGCUACCCCGACAAAUCUCAAGAUUAUCGAUCUCUAUGUGGUUUUUGCGAUCUUCACUGCCCUGUUUCAGGUAGCUUACAUAGCUAUUGUUGGGUCGUUUCCUUUCAAUUCCUUUCUUUCAGCUCUGCUCUCUUGCGUAGGAACAGCAGUGCUUGCUGUCUGUCUCCGGAUUCAAGUGAACAAGGAAAACAAGGAAUUCAAGGACCUAGCACCCGAGCGCGCUUUUGCCGACUUUGUCCUCUGCAAUUUGGUUCUGCAUUUGGUGAUUAUGAACUUCCUUGGAUAGGAUUAGGAUUAGGAUGUGAGAGGUAGCAUUAUGCUGAGUUCAGUUAAUAGGGAGGCUCUCUGCUUUUCUUGUUUCACCGCCCCACCUAUAUAAAAACAAUGAGGACCCUGAAUUGGAAUUUCUUGUUUUGAUUACAAAUGAUACAGAACUCUGCACUGUCACCUCGUAUCAGUUUACCAUACAACUCACAAAGUUUUGCCUUUAUAUAGAUAACUAGCUUUUCAA